UUUAAAAGGAGCAACCAAACAUCUGGCAAAUAUAGUAAAAGGGAUAUUCUGGUAGGACGUAUGCCUACCAUUAGUUCUGAAUACUGGUGAGGUUUUGAGGGCGAAAUGGCCGUGAUGAUUGGAAUCGCUUUCAGCGUUUCUUGGCUUUGUUGCCUGCUAAUUGGAGGGAUAACGUGUUCUACAUCAGAAGGUGAUCGGUCUCCUGCACUGGAUUCUAAUGCAGCAUGGCUCUAUGCAGGAUCACUUCGGUCUCUAGGAUAUGGCAAUUAUAAAUCUCAAAUGCAAGCGCAACAGAAACAUCCGGCUGCCAUCCUGCGGAAGGAACUGGCCCCCAUGCAACCUCAGCAAGUGUGGUAUCCAGUUCAAAUGCCCCUGCAUCAGAAGCAACUGGCCGCAGAAGCUCAGCAGCAGAGGCAACCGACAACUGUGCCCCAGCAAGUGUGGCAUCCUCCUCAAAUGGCCCUGCAGCAGAGGCAAACGACCGCCGUGCCCCAGCAAUUGUGGCAUCCUCCUCAAAUGGCCCUGCAGCAGAAGCAACCAACCGCCGUGCCCCAGCAAGUAUGGCAUCCUUCUCAAAUGCCACUGCAAACAACCACUGUGCCCCAGCAAGUGUGGCAUCCUCCUCAAAUGCCCCUGCAGCAUAUUCAACCGACCGGCGUGCCCCAGCAAGUGUGGCUUCCUCCUCAAUUGCCCCUGCAGCAGAAGCAACCGACCGCCGUGCCCCAGCAAGUGUGGCAUCCUCCUCAAAUGCCCCUGCAGCAGAAGCAACCGACCACCGUGCCCCAGCAAGUGUGGCUUCCUCCUCAAAUGCCCUUGCAGCAGAAGCAACCGAGCGCCGUGCCCCAGCAAGUGUGGCAUCCUCCUCAAUUGCCCCUGCAGCAGAAGCAACCGACCGCCGUGCCCCAGCAAGUGUGGCAUCCUCCUCAAAUGCCCCUGCAGCAGAAGCAACCGACCGCCGUGCCCCAGCAAGGGUGGCAUCCUCCUCAAAUGCCCCUGCAGCAGAAGCAACUGACGACCGUGCCCCAGGAAGUGUGGCUUCCUCCUCAAAUGCCUUUGAAGCAGAAGCAACCGAGCGCCGUGCCCAGGCAAGUGUGGCUUCCAGCUCAAAUGCAGCAGAAGCAAACGACUGCCGUGCCCCGGCAAGUGUGGCAUCCUCCUCAAAUGGCCCUGCAGCAGAAGCAACCGACCGCCGUGCCCCAGCAAGUGUGGCUUCCUCCUCAAAUGCCCCUGCAGCAGAAGCAACCGACCGCCGUGCCCCAGCAAGUGUGGCUUCCUCAAAUGCCCCUGCAGCAGAAGCAACCGACCGCCGUGUCCCAGCAAGUGUGGCAUCCAGCUAAAAUGCAGCAGAAGCAACCGACUGCCGUGCCCCAGCAAGUGUGGCAUCCUCCUCAAAUGCCCCUGCAGCAGAAGCAACCGACCGCCAUGCCCCAGCAAGUGUGGCAUCCUCCUCAAAUGGCACUGCAGCAGAAGCAACUGACCACCAUGCCCCAGCAAGUGUUGCAUCCAGCUCAAAUGCAGCAGAAGCAACCGACCGCCAUGCCCCAGCAAGUGUGGCAUCCUCCUCAAAUGGCACUGCAGCAGAAGCAACUGACCACCAUGCCCCAGCAAGUGUUGCAUCCAGCUCAAAUGCAGCAGAAGCAACCGACUGCCGUGCCCCAGCAAGUGUGGCAUCCUCCUCAAAUGCCCCUGCAGCAGAAGCAACCGACCGCCAUGCCCCAGCAAGUGUGGCAUCCUCCUCAAAUGGCCCUGCAACAGAAGCAACCGACCGCCGUGCCCCAGCAAGUGUGGCAUCCUUCUCAAAUGCCCCUGCAGCAGAAGCAACUGACCACCGUGCCCCAGCAAGUGUGGCAUCCAGCUCAAAUGCAGCAGAAGCAACCGACCGCUGUGCCCCAGCAAGUGUGGCAUCCUCAAAUGCCCCUGCAGCAGAAGCAACCGACCGCCAUGCCCCAGCAAGUGUGGCAUCCUUCUCAAAAGGCCCUGCAGCAGAAGCAACUGAUGCCCCAGCAAUUGUGGCAUCCUCGUCAAAUGCCCCUGAGGCAGAAGCAAACGACCGACGUGCCCCAGCAAGUGUGGCAUCCUGCUCAGUUUCCCCAGCAGAAGCAACUGGCCCCUAUGCCUCUACUGCAGAAGGAACCAACCACCAUAGCCCAGCAACCUCAGCAGGUGUGGCAUCCAGCUCAAAUGUCCAAGAAUCGAACACCCACUGAACCUCAGCAGAAGCAACCAUCCACCACGCCCCAGCAAGCGUGGCAUCCAGCUCAAAUUCCCCUGCAGCAGAAGCAACCGGCCACUGAACCUCAACAGAAGGAGCUGACCGCCAUGCCACAGAAGCUACAGGCCUCCAUUCUCCAGCAGCCUCCGCUCGUGUGGCAUCCAUCUCAAUUUCCCCAGCAGCAGAAGGAACUGGCAGUCGAGCCCCAGCAGCAGAAGGAACUGGCAGUCGAGCCCCAGCAGCAGAAGGAACUGGCAGUCGAGCCCCAGCAGCAGAAGGAACUGGCAGUCGAGCCCCAGCAGCAGAAGGAACUGGCAGUCGAGCCCCAGCAGCAGAAGGAACUGGCAGUCGAGCCCCAGCAGCAGAAGGAACUGGCAGUCGAGCCUCAGCAAGAAAGGUAUCCAUCUCAAAUGGCUCAGCAGCUAAUCAACCCCGUUCCUCAGCAAUUAUGGCAUGUAGGGCAAAUUUCCCAGCAGCAACUGGCCCCAUUGUCUCAGCAGAAGCACUACGAAAGCACUGAAGAUGAUGCCUCUGGUAGUUCUCAGGCCAGCAUUGAACAGUCAGGUGUCAUCCCAAUCUCUUCCUACAGUUCCAAAUCGCACUACAAGAAUGGCAGAACUGUCUUUUCCCAAAUCAGCUACACUCCUUGGGAGGCAAUGCCUGUUGACAGUGGAAAUGCUCCCAAGGACGGUUAUGUUGGCAUUGGUGCACCAAGCAUAUAUCCAACACUAGUGAAGGAUUCUGCAAGGGAAAUAUAAUGGAUUCAUCCUCUAGAAGCUCUAAUGACCAGGAAGUUGCUGGUGCUCUUGCUACUCUAGUGUGAUGGAAUCAAUAAACAACUUACUUUAAAAAUG